AUGGGUGACCAGCAUCAAGAGUCAAAACCCAAUCGUGGGAAAAGACCGUUCCAUCAUGAAAAAUCUAAGCUAGGAAUGAAGAGGGAAAACAAGAAGAAGCAGAAAAAGGCGAAGAAAAGCGAUACAGAUAUGAUGACUGGCUCAGCGGAGGAGGUUUUAGCUUUUGAUGUGCGGAAUCUAAUCGAGUCUCUCAAACAAGAUAAUGACAGAGCGGUAGAAGAAGGGAAUAACGCGUCAGAGCCAGAAACUGAGAGCUUGCCGGAGGAAGGCUCCGAGAUCGAAGUUGAAGUUGUCGAACUUGCCUCAACAGGAGAAGGCCUAGCUUUACAUAAAGACUCUAAGCGCGUAUACGUCGUGCCAUUCUCAGUACCAGGCGACACUGUCAAGGUGAAGGUGUACCGCCACCUAAAGGAAGAGGGCUAUACCGUGGCGGAUUAUCUCUCUGUUGUGACGCCGUCAGCCUCCCGCGACGACAGCCGGAUCCAGUGCAAAUACUUCGCCACUUGCUCAGGGUGCCAAUUUCAGAUGCUAGAUUAUGCCGAGCAGUUAAAGCACAAGAAGAACAUCGUCGAGAAGGCCUUCCGCCACUUCUCCCAGCUACCCCCAGAGCUUAUCCCCGCUAUUCAAGACACCAUUGGCAGCCCGCUUCAAUAUGGCUACCGAACUAAGCUGACACCACACUUUGAUGGCCCCCAGGGCUGGCGCAAAACUAAGGAGCCCUUUAAGAGCUGCCCCCCUAUUGGCUUUAUGCCUAAGGGCAAGCGAAAUACUUUAGAUAUUGAGGACUGCCCUAUUGGAACCGACGCUGUACGACUUGGUAUGAAAAACGAACGUGCACGCAUGACCGUUGAGUACGGAAAAUACGUACGGGGCGCUACGAUUCUUUUGCGCGAAAGCACCAAGCGUAUCCCGAAAAAACAGAGCGAAGCCGAGGGAGCAUCUUCAUCGAAAGAAGUGAUGGCAAAAUCACCAUCGCCCCCGCAUCCCGAGGACUCUGUUGUUAGAGUCGAGACAGACUCAUACACAGACCUAAAGACCUGCGUGACAGACAACAACGGCACAUCAACCGAGUACGUCGGGCCCUACGUCUUCCACAACCCAGCCGGCUCUUUUUUCCAGAACAACAACUCCAUCCUCCCCGUCUUCACAGACUACAUCCGGGAGCACAUCCUUCCCCCUUCCUCCCCUCUUUCCUCCGAAAUCAAAUUCCUCAUCGACGCCUACUCUGGCUCCGGGCUCUUCACCAUAACCCUAUCCUCCUUAUUCAGCGGCGGCAGCGUCGGCAUCGACAUUAGCGAAGCCUCGAUCAAAUAUGCAUCCCGCAACGCCGCGGCAAAUAACCUCCCCCCUUCGCGUGCGAAAUUCAUCGCUGCUGAUGCCAAGGACUUGUUUACGUCCGCCGUACGCAAGGCAUACCCCGGCGACCAGACCGUCGUCGUGCUUGACCCCCCGCGGAAGGGCUGCGAUCAGGAUUUCCUAAACCAGUUGUUGCGCUUCGCGCCCCGGCGCGUCGUCUACGUGAGUUGCAAUGUGCACACGCAAGCGCGCGAUAUCGGUAUACUGGUUCGUGGGCUUGAGGGUGCGGGUGGCGCAGAGACGGGGACAGAGAUGGAGACUGAUGCUGGAGAGAGCAAGGGACGAGGGACGAGAUAUGCAAUUGAAAGUUUGCGCGGCUUCGACUUCUUCCCGCAGACGGGACAUGUUGAGGGCGUUGCUAUUUUGAACCGGGUGGACGGCUAG